UUGACACGUGGCAAGCAUAUAGAAAGCCACGUGUCAGCUUCUCACAUAGGGUUCAUUAAGGGUUCUACUUUUAUAUAUAGUAAUAGAUUUUUGUUUGCACAAAUAGCAUCUUCAUAAUAAAGAUUAUGAGUUUUCUUCUACAAAUGUAAAAGAAUCAAUUGGACAUAAAAUUUGUACUUAACUUUUUUUUUAGAGAGAUUCAUUUAGAAAUAAAUUUAGUUAGAAAUAUGAAUCAACUAGAAUUCAAACUUAGAACUUCGGGAACCAACUAUUAAACCCUUUGUCACUUGGGGCAGAGAACAUCGGGCACUCGUACUUAACUUUUGGAUAUAUAAAUAGUAUGUAAAAAAAAGGGUUAUAGGCCGGGCCGGGCUGGGCAGAAUAAGGUGUUUAACGAAUGUUGUCUGGCCCGCUGUUCUGUCAUUCGGGAAGAAUUUACUAAAACUUGGUGAAAAGAAAAAGGAAGAAGCAGAUGAUAAGGCCCCCCGCCUCUCCCUCUUUUCUGCCACUCUCAUCCUAGUUCUCCUCUCUCUCUAUUAUCCCUUCUCUCUCCCGCAAUUCCCCCAACCAUGCUCUCGCUCUCCCACCCUCCCAAACCCCCCUCCUUCUUCCCCUACCACCAAAACCCCCGCCUCACCACAGAAAAUCGCAGCCGGCUGCAGCAGCAGCAGCAGCAACAGCAACAGCAGCAGCGCCGGCUGUCGGUGUCGGUGUCGGCGUCGGCCGCGAAGCUCCCGUUCUCCCCUCCGCCGUCUUCCCCUCCGGGCGAGGUGUACCAGCCCUUCCGUCCCCCGCCGUCGUCACCGCUCCCCGCGCGCUUCCGCUCGCUGUCCGUGGUGGAGCGCCUCGAUGUCCUCCGCCUCCGCCUCGGCCUCUGGCACGAGUACGCCCCCCUCAUCUCCGCCCUCUCCCGCGACGGCUUCACCCCCUCCUCCAUCGAGGACGCCACCGGCAUCCCCGGCGCCGAGCAGAACCGCCUCGUCGUCGCCCACCAAGUCCGCGACUCCCUCGUCGCCUCCGCCGCCUUCCCCCCCGACCUCCUCGCCUUCUUCGACUACGGCGGCGGCCCCGAGCUGCUCUACGAGCUGCGCUUCCUCAGCGCCGCCCAGCGCGCCGCCUCCGCCGCCCGCGUCGCCGAGCGCCGCCUCGACCCCCGCGGCGCCCGCGACCUCGCCCGCGCCGUCAAGGACUUCCCCCGCCGCCGCGCCGACGACGGCUGGCGCGCCUUCUCCCCGGACUCCCCCGCCGACUGCCUCGCCUUCGCCUUCUUCCGCCAGAGCCGCGAGGCCCUCGACCACGCCGACCGCCUCGCCGCGCUCCGCCGCGCCCUCGACACCGCCGACACCGACUCGGCCAGGGCCCGGAUCGCGGAGGAGAUCGAGCGACGAGCAGACGGUUCGAAAGAGGAGGAUGAGGAGGAGGAGGCGGAGCGGCGCGCGGCGGUGCCGGUGCUGAGGCUGAGGUACGGGGAGGUGGCGGAGGCGGCGGCGGUGGUGCUUCUCCCGGCGGUGCGGGCGGCGGAGGGGGCGGCGGGGGUGGCGGCGGCGCCGGCGAGGCUGCGCGCGCAGGGGGAGCUCGGCGUGGUGGCGGCGGAGACGGCGUGGGGCCGGUGGGCGGUGCUGCCCGGGUGGGCGCCGGUGAUGGAGGCGUCGGAGACGGCGGUGGCGGUGGAGAUGGAGGACGGGCGGGCGCUUCCGUGGCGGUCGAUUUUGGCGGCGGCGGAGGAGGCGGUGUUGGUGGUGGCGGAUAGGGGGCGGCGCAAGGUCGAACAGGAGGGAGGGGCCUACGUAGUGGACAGGGAGGGGAGGUUGGUGGUGGAGAGGGGUAAGAGGUUGAUGGAGACGGGGGUGGCGCAGGCGGUCGCCACCGUCGUGUUGGUGGUGCGCCCGCCCAGGGAGGAAGACGACCAGUUGAGUGAGGAGGAUUGGGAAUAAACAAUGCUAAUACAUCCCCCGAAAUAUUUCCUUUUGAACUUUUGUUAUUAUACAGCACAAGUGGAAAAAGUUUGCAUUGGAAGCACCAAAAUGUCUGAAUCAAAGCUAUUGAAUUUGAUUGGAACAUCAAUUUGAAUCUUUUAUGCAAGUUUCAGUCAAUUACUAGAA